ACAAAUAUGAAGUGGUCAUUUUCUUCGACGACACUUGGAAACUUUAUCACCAAUUGCCAAGCGCCGUUAGAACAUUUGGGGUUUGAAUUUUGCGAAUGUUUUUCCGAGAAACAUAUGGAUGUUAUUAUUCAGACAUUAAAGAGACCUCUGAAAGUUCUAAACAUACGAUGCACGAAUAUAAAGAUUACACCGGAAAUUCGAGAAAAGGCGAGACAUAUGAUUCAAUUUAUAGAUGGCUCAACAUAG